AUGGAUAUAACUUCCAAGCCAGAUACUGCAACUACAUCUCUGCAUGAACAACACCAAAAUGUAGAAAAAUUGUUAUCAGUUAAUAAAUCACCCUUAGACUCACCAUCAAAAACCCUAGCCAGAACUUUUAAUAUUAGAACUAUUAAUAGUGAAAAAAAAUCGAGACCCUCUUUUCUUCAACUUCAAAAUGCUAAUGUCCCAUCCUCUUCAUCCUCAUCAUUGUCAUCAUCAACUAAUUACGGUGUAAAUCCUCAAGAGACUGGAAUGGUACCACCAUCACCUCAUUAUACGAUUAGAAAACAUAAUGCAGACAUAUCAUUCCCAUCUCCAGCAAAACAACAGCAACAACAAGAUGAUUACGAUCAAAUUCAAUAUAAUCCCAAUAGUUCUUAUAAAGACAAUUCAGAUGUUGAGGAAAAGUUACAAAAAAUAAUAGACAAUCCAGAAGGCUAUCAAACACAACCAGAAUUAGAAAUCCUUAUACAACAGUUGGUCCCAGAAUUGGACCGCGCCGAAUUAUUGUCUAUAAUAAAUAGAAUUCGUUGUGAUGAAAAUGGAAAUGUAGCAAAUAAUGAAUUGAUCAAUUUUAUGGAAAACUAUCCUAUUAUAAAUUCUAUGGAAGAUGAGUUUGAAGGUCAUCCUAUUAAUAAUAUAGAAUUUUAUGAGUAUGGUAAAAACUCAUUAUCAAUACAUACAAAACAUAAACAACAAAAUACCCAACCAGCUGCAGAUUUUGGUGAUUUUGGUGAUUUAGGUGUCCAAAUAAAUGGUCUAUUUAAACAAUCUGAAGAAACCCAACAAGAUGUAUUUAAUCAAUUAAAAGUUCUUCGUGAAUAUUUUUUUCAAUUAAAAAAGGAACCUAUUAAUAAAGAUAAUGAUACUAACAUUAAUGAACCUUAUCAUAGAUGUUUAAGAUUGGAAGAAGAAAAUUCAAAAUUAUAUAUCGAAAAAAAAAAAUUAGAAGAAGAAAGUUAUAUAUUUAAAAAAGAAAUAUCAAAUUUAAAAGAAAUUGAAAGGAAAAGAAUAGAUCAGUUUACUCAUAUGGAAAAAGAAUCCGCAAUAAAAGAGAAUGAGUCUUUAAAAAAGAUUGAAGAGUUUAAAAAAAUUAUAUCAACAUUGAAGAUGAUUCUUAAUGAUGUAUUAAGUCAUCAUAGACGGAAUCUAAUUGAAAUCUCUCCUGCUUAUCGUUGUAUCUCUUUUAUUUAUAAAUUCACAAACAAAAUGUCCACAAAUAAUAAUCAAAUUGAUGAUGGUGGCAACAUGGAUACUAUUGAUUGUACCAUCCCACCUCAAAAUAACCAACAUUCUGCCCAAAAUCCAUUUUCUACACCAAAUACUCACCAAAACACCCACCCAGAAUACCCAAAAAGUACUCCAAAACUUAAUAAAUCUCAUAACCCAUUUAACACUUUAAACAUAUCAAAAACCCAAAAUUAUAAAAACAAAAAUUACCAUCCAAACACAUCAUUUAUUUCGACCCCAAAUUUUAAAAAAAAUAUUUUAAAUAAUAUUAUUAAGAAUAAUGAACCAAUCCUCUUUUUUGAACCACCAACUACACAACAUCCCAACAUAAUCACCAUAAUCCAAAACUUUACCGGUGCGCCUGAAGUAAACCAAACAAAGGACAAAAUUAUUGUAACAUUUACAAAUGAUAUGUCAAGAGACAUUUUCCUAAAAAGUCUUUCAAAUCAAAAUAUUAUUAAAAUCAACUCUGGAAAAGAAAUCCUAGAACUUAAAUUCACAGUUCCAGAACCAUUUGGCCUACAACCAGAUAAUAUAUCCCUUUAUAUUGAUUUUAAUGCAAUAUCAUCACAAAUAUUAAUCAAAAAAUUCAAUCCAACAACACUCAAAUAUAUCACCCAAAUAAACAACUUUCAAACUGAUAAAUUUGACCAAUCGGUCACUAUUAAUCAUUUAACACUAAAAUUUAACUCAUGCUUAGAAAGAUCACUAUUUCUCUUCCAUAAUAAUAACCAUAUAAACACCAGUUCAUCAGAGCUCCCAUACAACCACCACCACUUCACCUUAAGAUCAACACAUUUAAAUCUUGGUCCACUAAAGUCAAACACCAUUAUCCUAGACGAUUGUACAAUUAAUAUUGAAUCGUUCAUCUACACCAAAAAUCAACAUGUUCUACUUAACAAAUUCUCAAUUUGUAACAAACCACUUAACCCAAGUAAACAACUAAAACUUGAUUUAUGGUUAACUCAUAUUGGCUCCACCAAAUUAAAUGAUGAAAUUAUAUCUUUAAUUUCAUUAGAUCAUACCACUACAUUACCUACCUCUCUACUUACCACCGACGAAAAAAUUAAUUCAUUCGAAAACGAAUGCUCACACUUAUUAAAAAAUUUAAUCAUUCAAAUCCAACCACUAUUAGGAUUUAGGGCCGCCAUCAUUUGCAACUACACAGAUAUUGAAGAUCUUUUACAUGUCGUAAAAUGUUCAACAUGCACAAACAAUAAAAUUUCAGAAACAAUAAUUGAAUAUUUUAAUUUAUUAAAAAAAUUUAAUAAAAAAUCAAAACAUGAACUAAAAGAUUUUAUUAUCACAAUGCCACAGCAAGAACAGCCAAUCAACAACAACAAAAACCACCACAAAAACAACAAAAGACAUCGUACAUAUAAUAAUGGAAGAGAAUAA